CCCACACGUAAUACAGUCACAGAUAAGGCUGUGAUAAGGCUGUGAGGACUUUAGUUCAUUCUUCAUUGUAUUCAUUAACUGGAUUAAAGCAUCACUGUGUUUUUGGAGUUUGUGAAGAAACAUUUUGUAUCAGGUGUAAGAGGUGCCGUUUAUCACGAUGAGGUUUCUAUUCUCAUUGUGUGUUUUAAUACUGCUGCUUUUUGGUAAAAUAAUAAGUGGACUACUAUCAGAUGACCCCUGCAACAGCUACAAUGUGCUGGAUGACCCUCGAAGAGCCACCAACAAUCAAUAUUCCUCUGAAAUAAUGUGUGACUGUGAAGUCAGCUGGAACGGCUGGUACCGUCUAAUGUUUGAUGGUCAGAGUGUUCAGAUGCCAGACACAUGUGUUGAUCAGGACAGCUGUGGCACUCAUGCUCCACUGUGGCUGAACGGAGGACAUCCAACAGUUGAGGAUGGAGUGGUCACUCGAAAUGUCUGCGGUCACUAUGACAAUGACUGCUGUGCUUUUCAGUCCAAUCCCAUUAAAGUCAAAGCCUGUACAGAUUAUUAUGUCUAUGAGUUUGUGAAACCAUCUUUCUGCUAUUUGGCAUACUGUGCAGAUGUAAGGAACAUCAGCACCUUCUCAACCUCAGCCAUUUCGACUGUGCCCCCUGUUGACCCCUGCAACAACUACAAAAUGCUGGAUGAUCCAUGGAGAGCCACCAACAAUCAAUAUUCCUCUGAAAUAAUGUGUGACUGUGAGGUCAGCUGGGACGGCUGGUACCGUCUCUUCAUUCAGGGUCAGAGCGUUCAGAUGCCAGACACAUGUGUUGAUCAGCAUAGUUGUGGCACUCACGCCCCACUGUGGCUGAACGGAGUACAUCCAACAGUUGAGGAUGGAGUGGUCACUCGAGAUGUCUGUGGUCACUGGGACAAUAAUUGCUGCUAUUUCCCAUCAAAUCCUAUUAAAGUCAAAGCCUGCCCUGGCAAUUAUUAUGUUUAUGAGUUUGUGAAACCAGAUUUCUGCUCUUUGGCGUACUGUGCAGAUGUAAGGAACACAAACACUACCUAUACCACUGUCACUCCAGAGACAAUGUUAACCACGGAAACUACAACCAUGGACAUUACAACCGAUAUCGGGCACAAUACCACUUUCUAUUCUACCAUCAUGAUGGAGACAAGUUCAGCCAUAAAAACUACAUUUAUAGAUACUACAACAAUGGACACUGACAAAGUGGAUGCAACAACGACAAUGGAAACCACAAAAACAGAAAGUAUAAACACUGGAAUCACAUCUCCAGAAAGUACCACAACCGAGAUCACAACAGCAGGCACCACAACAACAGAAAUCACAAAAACAGAAAUCACCACAAUGACAGAACAUAUAAACACUGGAACAACAACUCCAGAAAUGACCACAUCCGAGACCACCACAGCAGAAAGUACCAAAACUGAGACCACAAAAAAAGGCACCACAACAACAGAAAGUACAACCACAGGCACAGCAACUCCAAAUAGUACAUCAAAUGAAACCACAACAAUAGGAAGUACAACCGUGGACACAACAACUCCAGAAAGUACCACAACCGAGACCAACACUACAACUGAGACCACAACUGUUGAUAUCAUGACAGAAAGCACCACAGCAGCAGAAAGCACUACAAGUGAGAGCGCAACAGAAAGUGUAACAACAACAGAAAGUACGACCACAAGCACAACAACUUCAGAAAGUACCACAAUCAAGGCCACAACAGUGGGUACCACAACAGCAGAAAUCACCACAACUGGGACCACAACAGAAAGCACCCCAAAAACAGAAAGCAUCACAAAAACAGAAGGUACCACAAGUGAGAACACAACAGCAGAAACCACAAGAAUUGAGACCACAGAAAGCACCACAAAAGAAAGCACCACAACUCCAGAAAAAACCACAAGCGAAAUCACAACAACAGAAAGUACCACAACUAAGACCACAACUCCAGAAAGUACCACAACCGAGACCACAACAGCAGAAAGCACAAUUGCGACCACAACUGUUGGUUAUUCAACAACAGAAAGCACCACAGCAAGAGAAAGUACCACUAGCGAGACCACAACAGCAGAAAGCACUACAACUGAGACCACAACACCAGACACUACAACAACUGAAACUACAACCACAGCCACAACAACUCCAGAAAGUACAACAGCUGAAACCACAACCGCAGAAAGCACCACAUCUGUGGGAACCACAGCAACAGAAAGUACCACAACCGAGACCACAACAACAGAAAGUACCACAACAGAAAGCACCACAACUCCAGAAAGUACCACAAGCAAAAUCACAACAACAGAAAGCACCACAACUGAGACCACACCUCCAGAAAGUACCAUAACUCUAGAAAGUACCAAAACUGAGACCACGACAGCAGAAAGCACAACUGCGACUACAACUGUGGGUUCUUCAACAACAGAAAGCACCACAGCAACAGAAAGUACUACAAGCGAGACCACAACACCAGCCACUACAACAACUGAAAGUACAACCACAGCCACAACAACUCCAGAAAGUACCACAACCGAGACCACAACAGCAGAAAGUACAACUGAGACUACAACUCCAGGAACUACAACGACUGAAAGUACAACCACAACAACUCCAGAAAGUACAACAGCCGAGACCACAACCACAGAAAGCACCACAUCUGUGGGAACCACAACAGCAGAAAGCACCACAAAUCCAGAAAGUACCACAAGCCAGAUCACAACAACAGAAAGCAACACAGCUGAGACCACAACAGCAGAAAGUACCACAACUGAGACCACACCGGGAACCACAACAACAGGAAGUACAACCUCAGGCACAACAACUCCAGAAAGUACCACAACCCAGACCGCAACAGCAGAAAGUAUAACUGAGACCACAACUAUGGGUACUACAACAACAGAAAGCACCACAGCAACAGAAAGUACUACAAGCGAGACCACAACAGCAGAAACCACUACAACUAAGACCACAACACCAGGCACUACAACAACUGAAACCACAACCACAACAACUCCAGAAAGUACAACAGCCGAGACCACAACAACAGAAAGCACCACAUCUGUGGGAACCACAACACCAGAAAGUACCACAACCGAGACCACAACAGCAGAAAGCACCAAAAAUCCAGAAAGUACCACAAGCGAGAUCACAACAACAGAAAGCAUCACAGCUGAGACCACAACUGUGGGUUCUACAACAAUAGAAAGCACAACAGCAACAGAAAGUACCACAAGCGAGAUCACAACAACAGAAAGCACCACAGCUAAGUCCACAACAGAAGAAAGUACCAAAACUGAGACGACAACACCAGGCACUACAACAACUGAAAGUAAAACCACAGCCACAACAACUCCAGAAAGUACCACAACCGAGACGACAACAGAAGAAAGUACUACAACUCAAGAAAGUACCACAACCAAGACCACAACAGCAGAAAGCACAACUGCGACCACAACUGUGGGUUCUUCAACAACAGAAAGCACCACAGCAACAGAAAGUAGUACAAGCGAGGCCACAACAGCAGAAACUACUACAACUGAGACCACAACACCAGGCACUACAACAACUGAAACCACAACCACAACAACUCCAGAAAGUACAACAGCCGAGACCACAACCAGAGAAAGCACCACAUCUGUGGGAACCACAACAUCAGAAAGUACCACAAAUCCAGAAAGUACCACAAACGAGAUCACAACAACAGAAAGCACCACAGCUGAGACCACAACAGCAGAAAGUACCACAACUGAGACCACAACACCAGGCACUACAACAACUGAAAGUACAACCACAGCCACAACAACUCCAGAAAGUACCACAACCGAGACCAAAACAGCAGAAAGCACAACUGAGACAACAACUGUGGGUUCUACAACAAAAGAAAGCACCACAGCAACAGAAAGUACCACAAGUGAGACCACAACAACAGAAAGCACCACAGCGACAGAAAGUACUACAAGCGAGACCACAACAGCCGAAACCACUACAACUGAGACCACAACAGCAGAAACCACUACAACUGAGACAACAACACCAGGCACUACAACAACUGAAACCACAACCACAACAACUCCAGAAAGUACAACAGCCGAGACCACAACCACAGAAAGCACCACAUAUGUGGGAACCACAACAACAGAAAGUACCACAACCGAGACCACAACAGCAGAAAGUACCACAACUGAGACCACAACACCAGGCACUACAACAACUGAAAGUACAACCACAGCCACAACAACUCCAGAAAGUACCACAACCGAGACCACAACAGCAGAAAGCACAACUGAGACGACAAAUGUGGGUUCUACAACAACAGAAAACACCACAGCAACAGAAAGUACCACAAGUGAGACCACAACAACAGAAAGCACCACAACUGAGAGCACAACAACAGAAAGCACCACAGCAACAGAAAGUACUACAAGCGAGACCACAACAGCCGAAACCACUACAACUGAGACCACAACAGCAGAAACCACUACAACUGAGACAACAACACCAGGCACUACAACAACUGAAACCACAACCACAACAACUCCAGAAAGUACAACAGCCGAGACCACAACCACAGAAAGCACCACAUAUGUGGGAACCACAACAACAGAAAGUACCACAACCGAGACCACAACAGCAGAAAGUACCACAACUGAGACCACAACACCAGGCACUACAACAACUGAAAGUACAACCACAGCCACAACAACUCCAGAAAGUACCACAACCGAGACCACAACAGCAGAAAGCACAACUGAGACGACAAAUGUGGGUUCUACAACAACAGAAAACACCACAGCAACAGAAAGUACCACAAGUGAGACCACAACAACAGAAAGCACCACAACUGAGAGCACAACAACAGAAAGCACCACAGCAACAGAAAGUACUACAAGCGAGACCACAACAGCCGAAACCACUACAACUGAGACCACAACAGCAGAAACCACUACAACUGAGACAACAACACCAGGCACUACAACAACUGAAACCACAACCACAACAACUCCAGAAAGUACAACAGCCGAGACCACAACCACAGAAAGCACCACAUAUGUGGGAACCACAACAACAGAAAGUACCACAACCGAGACCACAACAGCAGAAAGCACCACAAAUCCAGAAAGUACCACAAGCGAGAUCACAACAAUAGAAAGCACCACAGCUGGGACCACAACAGCAGAAAGUACCACAACUGAGACCACAAUACCAGGCACUACAACAACUGAAAGUACAACCACAGCCACAACAACUCCAGAAAGUACCACAACCGAGACCACAACAGCAGAAAGCACAACUGAGACCACAACUAUGGGUUCUACAACAACAGAAAGCACCACAGCAACAGAAAGUACUACAAGCGAGACCACAACAGCAGAAACCACUACAACUGAGACCACAACAGCAGAAACUACUACAACUGAGACCACAACACCAGGCACUACAACAACUGAAACCACAACAACUCCAGAAAGUACAACAGCCGAGACCACAACCACAGAAAGCUCCACAUCUGUGGGAACCACAACCGAGACCACAACAGCAGAAAGCACCACAAAUCCAGAAAGCACCACAAAUCCAGAAAGUACCACAAUCCAGAUCACAACAACAGAAAGCACCACAGCUGAGACCCCAACAACAGAAAGUACCACAACUGAGACAACACUGGGAACCACAACAACAGGAAGUACAACCUCAAGCACAGCAACUCCAGAAAGUACCACAACCGAGAUGACGACAGAAGAAAGUACCACAACUCUAGAAAGUACCACAACCCAGACCGCAACAGCAGAAAGUAUAACUGAGACCACAACUAUGGGUACUACAACAACAGAAAGCACCACAGCAACAGAAAGUACUACAAGCGAGACCACAACAGCAGAAUCUACUACAACUGAGACCACAACACCAGGCACUACAACAACUGAAACCACAACCACAACAACUCCAGAAAGUACAACAGCCGAGACCACAACCACAGAAAGCACCACAUCUGUGAGAACCACAACCGAGACCACAACAGCAGAAAGCACCACAAAUCCAGAAAGCACCACAAAUCCAGAAAGUACCACAAGCGAGAUCACAACAACAGAAAGCACCACAGCUGAGACCACAACAGCAGAAAGUACCACAACUGAGACCACACCGGGAACCACAACAACAGGAAGUACAACCUCAGGCACAGCAAAUCCAGAAAGUACCACAACCGAGACGACGACAGAAGAAAGUACCACAACUCCAGAAAGUACCACAACCCAGACCGCAACAGCAGAAAGUAUAACUGAGACCACAACUAUUGGUACUACAACAACAGAAAGCACCACAGCAACAGAAAGUACUACAAGCGAGACCACAACACCAGGCACUACAACAACUGAAAUCACAACCACAACAACUCCAGAAAGUACAACAGCCGAGACCACAACCACAGAAAGCACCACAUCUGUGGGAACCACAACAACAGAAAGUACCACAAAUCCAGAAAGUACCACAACUGAGACCACAACACCAGGCACUACAACAACUGAAAGUUCAACCACAACCACAACAACUCCAGAAAGUACCACAACCGAGACCACAACAGCAGAAAGCACAACUGAGACCACAACUGUGGGUUCUACAACAACAGAAAGCACCACAGCAACAGAAAGUACCACAAGUAAGACCACAACAACAGAAAGUACCACAACUGAGAGCACAACAACAGAAAGCACCACAGCAACAGAAAGUACUACAAGCGAGACCACAACAGCAGAAUCUACUACAACUGAGACCACAACACCAGGCACCACAACAACUGAAACCACAACCACAACAACUCCAGAAAGUACAACAGCCGAGACCACAACAACAGAAAGCACCACAUCUGUUGGAACCACAACAACAGAAAGUACCACAAACGAGACCACAAAAGCAGAAAGUACCACAGCUCCAGAAAUUACCACAACUGAGACCACAACAGCAGAAAGUACAACUGAGACCACAACUGUGGGUUCUACAACAACAGAAAGCACCACAGCAAUAGAAAGUACCACAAGUGAGACGACAGCAAAAGAAAGCACCACAUCUGUGGGAACCACAACAACAGAAAGUACCACAACCGAGACCACAACAGCAGAAAGCACCACAAAUCCAGAAAGUACCACAAGCGAGAUCACAACAACAGAAAGCACCACAGCUGAGACCACAACAGCAGAAAGUACCACAACUGAGACCACAACACUAGGCACUACAACAACUGAAAGUACAACCACAGCCACAACAACUCCAGAAAGUACCACAACCGAGACCACAACAGCAGAAAGCACAACUGAGACCACAACUAUGGGUUCUACAACAACAGAAAGCACCACAGCAACAGAAAGUAUUACAAGCGAGACCACAACAGCAGAAACCACUACAACUGAGACCACAACAGCAGAAACCACUACAACUGAGACCACAACACCAGGCACUACAACAACUGAAACCACAACCACAACAACUCCAGAAAGUACAACAGCCGAGACCACAACCACAGAAAGCACCACAUCUGUGGGAACCACAACCGAGACCACAACAGCAGAAAGCACCACAAAUCCAGAAAGCACAACAAAUCCAGAAAGUACCACAAGCCAGAUCACAACAACAGAAAGCACCACAGCUGAGACCACAACAGCAGAAAGUACCACAACUGAGACCACACUGGGAACCACAACAACAGGAAGUACAACUUCAGGCACAGCAACUCCAGAAAGUACCACAACCCAGACCGCAACAGCAGAAAGCAUCAUUGAGACCACAACUAUGGGUACUACAACAACAGAAAGCACCAAAGCAACAGAAAGUACUACAAGCGAGACCACAACAGCAGAAACUACUACAAUUGAGACCACAACACCAGGCACUACAACAACUGAAACCACAACCACAACAACUCCAGAAAGUACAACAGCCGAGACCACAACCACAGAAAGCACCACAUCUGUGAGAACCACAACCGAGACCACAACAGCAGAAAGCACCACAAAUCCAGAAAGCACCACAAAUCCAGAAAGUACCACAAGCGAGAUCACAACAACAGAAAGCACCACAGCUGAGACCACAACAGCAGAAAGUACCACAACUGAGACAACAACACCAGGCACUACAACAACUGAAAGUACAACCACAGCCAAAACAACUCCAGAAAGUACCACAACCGGGACCACAACAGCAGAAAGCACAACUGAGACCACAACUGUGGGUUCUACAACAACAGAAAGAACCACAGCAACAGAAAGUACAACAGCUGAGACCACAACAGCAGAAAGUACCACAACUGAGACCACAACACCAGGCACUACAACAACUGAAAGUACAACCACAGCCACAACAACUCCAGAAAGUACCACAACCGAGACCAAAACAGCAGAAAGCACAACUGAGACCACAACUAUGGGUUCUACAACAACAGAAAGCACCACAGCAACAGAAAGUACUACAAGUGAGACCACAACAACAGAAAGCACCACAACUGAGAGCACAACAGCAGAAACCACUACAACUGAGACAACAACACCAGGCACUACAACAACUGAAACCACAACAACUCCAGAAAGUACAACAGCCGAGACCACAACCGCAGAAAGCACCACAUCUGUGGGAACCACAACAACAGAAAGUACCACAACCGAGACCACAACAGCAGAAAGCACCACAAAUCCAGAAAGUACCACAAGCGAGAUCACAACAACAGAAAGCACCACAGCUGGGACCACAACAGCAGAAAGUACCACAACUGAGACCACAACACCAGGCACUACAACAACUGAAAGUACAACCACAGCCACAACAACUCCAGAAAGUACCACAACUGAGAGCACAACAGCAGAAAGCACAACUGAGACCACAACUAUGGGUUCUACAACAACAGAAAGCACCACCGCAACAGAAAGUACUACAAGCGAGACCACAACAGCAGAAACCACUACAACUGAGACCACAACUGCAGAAAACACUACAACUGAGACCACAACACCAGGCACUACAACAACUGAAACCACAACCACAACAACUCCAGAAAGUACAACAGCCGAGACCACAACCACAGAAAGCACCACAUCUGUGAGAACCACAACCGAGACCACAACAGCAGAAAGCACCACAAAUCCAGAAAGCACCACAAAUCCAGAAAGUACCACAAGCGAGAUCACAACAACAGAAAGCACCACAGCUGAGACCACAACAGCAGAAAGUACCACAACUGAGACCACACCGGGAACCACAACAACAGGAAGUACAACCUCAGGCACAGCAAAUCCAGAAAGUACCACAACCGAGACGACGACAGAAGAAAGUACCACAACUCCAGAAAGUACCACAACCCAGACCGCAACAGCAGAAAGUAUAACUGAGACCACAACUAUUGGUACUACAACAACAGAAAGCACCACAGCAACAGAAAGUACUACAAGCGAGACCACAACACCAGGCACUACAACAACUGAAAUCACAACCACAACAACUCCAGAAAGUACAACAGCCGAGACCACAACCACAGAAAGCACCACAUCUGUGGGAACCACAACAACAGAAAGUACCACAAAUCCAGAAAGUACCACAACUGAGACCACAACACCAGGCACUACAACAACUGAAAGUUCAACCACAACCACAACAACUCCAGAAAGUACCACAACCGAGACCACAACAGCAGAAAGCACAACUGAGACCACAACUGUGGGUUCUACAACAACAGAAAGCACCACAGCAACAGAAAGUACCACAAGUAAGACCACAACAACAGAAAGUACCACAACUGAGAGCACAACAACAGAAAGCACCACAGCAACAGAAAGUACUACAAGCGAGACCACAACAGCAGAAUCUACUACAACUGAGACCACAACACCAGGCACCACAACAACUGAAACCACAACCACAACAACUCCAGAAAGUACAACAGCCGAGACCACAACAACAGAAAGCACCACAUCUGUUGGAACCACAACAACAGAAAGUACCACAAACGAGACCACAAAAGCAGAAAGUACCACAGCUCCAGAAAUUACCACAACUGAGACCACAACAGCAGAAAGUACAACUGAGACCACAACUGUGGGUUCUACAACAACAGAAAGCACCACAGCAACAGAAAGUACCACAAGUGAGACGACAGCAAAAGAAAGCACCACAUCUGUGGGAACCACAACAACAGAAAGUACCACAACCGAGACCACAACAGCAGAAAGCACCACAAAUCCAGAAAGUACCACAAGCGAGAUCACAACAACAGAAAGCACCACAGCUGAGACCACAACAGCAGAAAGUACCACAACUGAGACCACAACACUAGGCACUACAACAACUGAAAGUACAACCACAGCCACAACAACUCCAGAAAGUACCACAACCGAGACCACAACAGCAGAAAGCACAACUGAGACCACAACUAUGGGUUCUACAACAACAGAAAGCACCACAGCAACAGAAAGUAUUACAAGCGAGACCACAACAGCAGAAACCACUACAACUGAGACCACAACAGCAGAAACCACUACAACUGAGACCACAACACCAGGCACUACAACAACUGAAACCACAACCACAACAACUCCAGAAAGUACAACAGCCGAGACCACAACCACAGAAAGCACCACAUCUGUGGGAACCACAACCGAGACCACAACAGCAGAAAGCACCACAAAUCCAGAAAGCACAACAAAUCCAGAAAGUACCACAAGCCAGAUCACAACAACAGAAAGCACCACAGCUGAGACCACAACAGCAGAAAGUACCACAACUGAGACCACACUGGGAACCACAACAACAGGAAGUACAACUUCAGGCACAGCAACUCCAGAAAGUACCACAACCCAGACCGCAACAGCAGAAAGCAUCAUUGAGACCACAACUAUGGGUACUACAACAACAGAAAGCACCACAGCAACAGAAAGUACUACAAGCGAGACCACAACAGCAGAAACUACUACAAUUGAGACCACAACACCAGGCACUACAACAACUGAAACCACAACCACAACAACUCCAGAAAGUACAACAGCCGAGACCACAACCACAGAAAGCACCACAUCUGUGGGAACCACAACAUCAGAAAGUACCACAAAUCCAGAAAGUACCACAAGCGAGAUCACAACAACAGAAAGCACCACAGCUGAGACCACAACAGCAGAAAGUACCACAACUGAGACCACAACACCAGGCACUACAACAACUGAAAGUACAACCACAGCCACAACAACUCCAGAAAGUACCACAACCGAGACCAAAACAGCAGAAAGCACAACUGAGACCACAACUGUGGGUUCUACAACAACAGAAAGCACCACAGCAACAGAAAGUACUACAAGUGAGACCACAACAACAGAAAGCACCACAACUGAGAGCACAACAGCAGAAACCACUACAACUGAGACAACAACACCAGGCACUACAACAACUGAAACCACAACAACUCCAGAAAGUACAACAGCCGAGACCACAACCGCAGAAAGCACCACAUCUGUGGGAACCACAACAACAGAAAGUACCACAACCGAGACCACAACAGCAGAAAGCACCACAAAUCCAGAAAGUACCACAAGCGAGAUCACAACAACAGAAAGCACCACAGCUGGGACCACAACAGCAGAAAGUACCACAACUGAGACCACAACACCAGGCACUACAACAACUGAAAGUACAACCACAGCCACAACAACUCCAGAAAGUACCACAACUGAGAGCACAACAGCAGAAAGCACAACUGAGACCACAACUAUGGGUUCUACAACAACAGAAAGCACCACCGCAACAGAAAGUACUACAAGCGAGACCACAACAGCAGAAACCACUACAACUGAGGCCACAACUGCAGAAAACACUACAACUGAGACCACAACACCAGGCACUACAACAACUGAAACCACAACCACAACAACUCCAGAAAGUACAACAGCCGAGACCACAACCACAGAAAGCACCACAUCUGUGAGAACCACAACCGAGACCACAACAGCAGAAAGCACCACAAAUCCAGAAAGCACCACAAAUCCAGAAAGUACCACAAGCGAGAUCACAACAACAGAAAGCACCACAGCUGAGACCACAACAGCAGAAAGUACCACAACUGAGACCACACCGGGAACCACAACAACAGGAAGUACAACCUCAGGCACAGCAAAUCCAGAAAGUACCACAACCGAGACGACGACAGAAGAAAGUACCACAACUCCAGAAAGUACCACAACCCAGACCGCAACAGCAGAAAGUAUAACUGAGACCACAACUAUUGGUACUACAACAACAGAAAGCACCACAGCAACAGAAAGUACUACAAGCGAGACCACAACAGCAGAAACUACUUCAACUGAGACCACAACACCAGGCACUACAACAACUGAAAUCACAACCACAACAACUCCAGAAAGUACAACAGCCGAGACCACAACCACAGAAAGCACCACAUCUGUGGGAACCACAACAACAGAAAGUACCACAAAUCCAGAAAGUACCACAACUGAGACCACAACACCAGGCACUACAACAACUGAAAGUUCAACCACAACCACAACAACUCCAGAUAGUACCACAACCGAGACCACAACAGCAGAAAGCACAACUGAGACCACAACUGUGGGUUCUACAACAACAGAAAACACCACAGCAACAGAAAGUACCACAAGUAAGACCACAACAACAGAAAGCACCACAACUGAGAGCACAACAACAGAAAGCACCAGAGCAACAGAAAGUACUACAAGCGAGACCACAACAGCAGAAACCACUACAACUGAGACCACAACACCAGGCACUACAACAACUGAAACCACAACCACAACAACUCCAGAAAGUACAACAGCCGAGACCACAACCACAGAAAGCACCAGAUCUGUGGGAACCACAACAACAGAAAGUACCACAACCGAGACCACAACAGCAGAAAGCACCACAAAUCCAGAAAGUACCACAAGCGAGAUCACAACAACAGAAAGCACCACAGCUGGGACCACAACAGCAGAAAGUACCACAACUGAGACCACAACACCAGGCACUACAACAACUGAAAGUACAACCACAGCCACAACAACUCCAGAAAGUACCACAACCGAGACCACAACAGCAGAAAGCACAACUGAGACCACAACUGUGGGUUCUACAACAACAGAAAGCACCACAGCAAUAGAAAGUACUACAAGCGAGAGCACAACAGCAGAAACCACUACAACUGAGACCACAACAGCAGAAACCACUACAACUGAGACCACAACACCAGGCACUACAACAACUGAAACCACAACCACAACAACUCCAGAAAGUACAACAGCCGAGACCACAACCACAGAAAGCACCACAUCUGUGGGAACCACAACAACAGAAAGUACCACAAAUCCAGAAAGUACCACAACUGAGACCACAACACCAGGCACUACAACAACUGAAAGUUCAACCACAACCACAACAACUCCAGAAAGUACCACAACUGAGACCACAACUGUGGGUUCUACAACAACAGAAAGCACCAUGGCAACAGAAAGUACCACAAGCGAGAGCACAACAACAGAAAGCACCACAGCUGAGACCACAACAGCAGAAAGUACCACGGCUGAGACCAUAACACUAGGCACUACAACAACUGAAAGUACAACCACAGCCACAACAACUCCAGAAAGUACCACAACUGAGACCACAACAGCAGAAAGCACCACAGCUGAGACCACAACUAUGGGUUCUACAACAACAGAAAGCACCACAGCAACAGAAAGUACUACAAGCGAGACCACAACAGCAGAUACCACUACAACUGAGACCACAACACCAGGCACUACAACAACUGAAAGUACAACCACAGCCACAACAACUCCAGAAAGUACCACAACUGAGACCACAACAGCAGAAAGCACAACUGAGACCACAACUGUGGGUUCUACAACAACAGAAAGAACCACAGCAACAGAAAGUACCACAGCUGAGACCACAACAGCAGAAAGUACCACAACUGAGACCACAACACCAGGCACUACAACAACUGAAAGUACAACCACAGCCACAACAACUCCAGAAAGUACCAAAACCGAGACCACAACAGCAGAAAGAACAACUGAGACCACAACUGUGGGUUCUACAACAACAGAAAGCACCACAGCAACAGAAAGUACUACAAGCGAGACCACAACAGCAGAAACCACUACAACUGAGACCACAACAGCAGAAACCACUACAACUGAGACCACAACACCAGGCACUACAACAACUGAAACCACAACCACAACAACUCCAGAAAGUACAACAGCCGAGACCACAACCACAGAAAACACCACAUCUGUGGGAACCACAACAACAGAAAGUACCACAACCAAAACCACAACAGCAGAAAGCACCACAAAUCCAGAAAGUACCACAAGCGAGUUCACAACAACAGAAAGCACCACAGCUGGGACCACAACAGCAGAAAGUACCACAACUGAGACCACAACACCAGGCACUACAACAACUGAAAGUACAACCACAGCCACAACAACUCCAGAAAGUACCACAACUGAGACCACAACAGCAGAAAGCACAACUGAGACCACAACUGUGGGUUCUACAACAACAGAAAGCACCACGGCAACAGAAAGUACCACAAGCGAGAGCACAACAACAGAAAGCACCACAGCUGAGACCACAACAGCAGAAAGUACCACAACUGAGACCACAACACCAGGCACUACAACAACUGAAAGUACAACCACAGCCACAACAACUCCAGAAAGUACCACAACCGAGACCACAACAGCAGAAAGCACGACUGAGACCACAACUGUGGGUUCUACAACAACAGAAAGCACCACAGCAACAGAAGUUACCACAAGUGAGACCACAACAACAGAAAGUACCACAACUGAGACCACAACACCAGGCACUACAACAACUGAAAGUACAACCACAGCCACAACAACUCCAGAAAGUACCACAACCGAGACCACAACAGCAGAAAGCACAACUGAGACCACAACUAUGGGUUCUACAACAACAGAAAGCACCACAGCAACAGAAAGUACUACAAGCGAGACCACAACAGCAGAUACCACUACAACUGAGACCACAACUGCAGAAACCACUACAACUGAGACCACAACACCAGGCACUACAACAACUGAAACCACAACCACAACAACUCCAGAAAGUACAACAGCCGAGACCACAACCACAGAAAGCACCACAUCUGUGGGAACCACAACAACAGAAAGUACCACAAAUCCAGAAAGUACCACAAACGAGAUCACAACAACAGAAAGCACCACAGCUGAGACCACAUCAGCAGCAAGUACCACAACUGAGACCACACCGGGAACCACAACAACAGGAAGUACAACCUCAGGCACAGCAACUCCAGAAAGUACCACAACCGUGACGACGACAGAAGAAAGUACCAUAACUCCAGAAAGUACCACAACCCAGACCGCAACAGCAGAAAGUAUAACUGAGACCACAACUAUGGGUACUACAACAACAGAAAGCACCACAGCAACAGAAAGUACUACAAGCGAGACCACAACAGCAGAAACUACUACAACUGGGACCACAACACCAGGCACUACAACAACUGAAAGUACAACCACAGCCACAACAACUCCAGAAAGUACCACAACCGAGACCACAACAGCAGAAAGCACAACUGACACCACAACUGUGGGUUCUACAACAACAGAAAGCACCACAGCAACAGAAAGUACUACAAGCGAGACCACAACAGCAGAAACCACUACAACUGAGAUCACAACAGCAGAAACCACUACAACUGAGACCACAACACCAGGCACUACAACAACUGAAACCACAACCACAACAACUCCAGAAAGUACAACAGCCGAGACCACAACCACAGAAAGCACCACAUCUGUGGGAAGCACAACAACAGAAAGUACCACAACCGAGACCACAACAGCAGAAAGCACCACAAAUCCAGAAAGUACCAUAAGCGAGAUCAGAACAACAGAAAGCACCACAGCUGGGACCACAACAGCAGAAAGUACCACAACUGAGACCACAACACCAGGCACUACAACAACUGAAAGUACAACCACAGCCACAACAACUCCAGAAAGUACCACAACUGAGACCACAACAGCAGAAAGCACAACUGAGACCACAACUGUGGGUUCUAAAACAACAGAAAGCACCACGGCAACAGAAAGUACCACAAGCGAGAGCACAACAACAGAAAGCACCACAGCUGAGACCACAACAGCAGAAAGUACCACAACUGAGACCACAACACCAGGCACUACAACAACUGAAAGUACAACCACAGCCACAACAACUCCAGAAAGUACCACAACCGAGACCACAACAGCAGAAAGCACGACUGAGACCACAACUGUGGGUUCUACAACAACAGAAAGCACCACAGCAACAGAAAUUACCACAAGUGAGACCACAACAACAGAAAGUACCACAACUGAGACCACAACACCAGGCACUACAACAACUGAAAGUACAACCACAGCCACAACAACUCCAGAAAGUACCACAACCGAGACCACAACAGCAGAAAGCACAACUGAGACCACAACUAUGGGUUCUACAACAACAAAAAGCACCACAGCAACAGAAAGUACUACAAGCGAGACCACAACAGCAGAUACCACUACAACUGAGACCACAACACCAGGCACUACAACAACUGAAAGUACAACCACAGCCACAACAACUCCAGAAAGUACCACAACCGAGACCACAACAGCAGAGACCACAACUGUGGGUUCUACAACAACAGAAAGAACCACAGCAACAGAAAGUACCACAGCUGAGACCACAACACCAGGCACUACAACAACUGAAAGUACAACCACAGCCACAACAACUCCAGAAAGUACCACAACCGAGACCACAACAGCAGAAAGCACAACUGAGACCACAACUGUGGGUUCUACAACAACAGAAAGCACCACAGCAACAGAAAGUACUACAAGCGAGACCACAACAGCAGAAACCACUACAACUGAGACCACAACAGCAGAAACCACUACAACUGAGACCACAACACCAGGCACUACAACAACUGAAACCACAACCACAACAACUCCAGAAAGUACAACAGCCGAGACCACAACCACAGAAAGCACCACAUCUGUGGGAACCACAACAACAGAAAGUACCACAACCGAGACCACAACAGCAGAAAGCACCACAAAUCCAGAAAGUACCACAAGCGAGAUCACAACAACAGAAAGCACCACAGCUGGGACCACAACAGCAGAAAGUACCACAACUGAGACCACAACACCAGGCACUACAACAACUGAAAGUACAACCACAGCCACAACAACUCCAGAAAGUACCACAACUGAGAUGACAACAGCAGAAAGCACAACUGAGACCACAACUGUGGGUUCUACAACAACAGAAAGCACCACGGCAACAGAAAGUACCACAAGCGAGAGCACAACAACAGAAAGCACCACAGCUGAGACCACAACAGCAGAAAGUACCACAACUGAGACCACAACACCAGGCACUACAACAACUGAAAGUACAACCACAGCCACAACAACUCCAGAAAGUACCACAACCGAGACCACAACAGCAGAAAGCACGACUGAGACCACAACUGUGGGUUCUACAACAACAGAAAGCACCACGGCAACAGAAAGUACCACAAGCGAGAGCACAACAACAGAAAGCACCACAGCUGAGACCACAACAGCAGAAAGUACCACAACUGAGACCACAACACCAGGCACUACAACAACUGAAAGUACAACCACAGCCACAACAACUCCAGAAAGUACCACAACCGAGACCACAACAGCAGAAAGCACGACUGAGACCACAACUGUGGGUUCUACAACAACAGAAAGCACCACAGCAACAGAAAUUACCACAAGUGAGACCACAACAACAGAAAGUACCACAACUGAGACCACAACACCAGGCACUACAACAACUGAAAGUACAACCACAGCCACAACAACUCCAGAAAGUACCACAACCGAGACCACAACAGCAGAAAGCACAACUGAGACCACAACUAUGGGUUCUACAACAACAAAAAGCACCACAGCAACAGAAAGUACUACAAGCGAGACCACAACAGCAGAUACCACUACAACUGAGACCACAACACCAGGCACUACAACAACUGAAAGUACAACCACAGCCACAACAACUCCAGAAAGUACCACAACCGAGACCACAACAGCAGAGACCACAACUGUGGGUUCUACAACAACAGAAAGAACCACAGCAACAGAAAGUACCACAGCUGAGACCACAACACCAGGCACAACAACAACUGAAAGUACAACCACAGCCACAACAACUCCAGAAAGUACCACAACCGAGACCACAACAGCAGAAAGCACAACUGAGACCACAACUGUGGGUUCUACAACAACAGAAAGCACCACAGCAACAGAAAGUACUACAAGCGAGACCACAACAGCAGAAACCACUACAACUGAGACCACAACAGCAGAAACCACUACAACUGAGACCACAACACCAGGCACUACAACAACUGAAACCACAACCACAACAACUCCAGAAAGUACAACAGCCGAGACAACAACUACAGAAAGCACCACAUCUGUGGGAACCACAACAACAGAAAGUACCACAAAUCCCGAAAGUACCACAAGCGAGAUCACAACAACAGAAAGCACCACAGCUGAGACCACAACACCAGGCACUACAACAACUGAAAGUACAACCACAGCCACAACAACUCCAGAAAGUACCACAACCGAGACCACAACAGCAGAAAGCACCACAGCUGAGACCACAACUAUGGGUUCUACAACAACAGAAAGCACCACAGCAACAGAAAGUACUACAAGCGAGACCACAACAGCAGAUACCACUACAACUGAGACCACAACACCAGGCACUACAACAACUGAAAGUACAACCACAGCCACAACAACUCCAGAAAGUACCACAACCGAGACCACAACAGCAGAAAGCACAACUGAGACCACAACUGUGGGUUCUACAACAACAGAAAGAACCACAGCAACAGAAAGUACCACAGCUGAGACCACAACAGCAGAAAGUACCACAACUGAGACCACAACACCAGGCACUACAACAACUGAAAGUACAAGCACAGCCACAACAACUCCAGAAAGUACCACAACCGAGACCACAACAGCAGAAAGCACAACUGAGACCACAACUGUGGGUUCUACAACAACAGAAAGCACCACAGCAACAGAAAGUACUACAAGCGAGACCACAACAGCAGAAACCACUACAACUGAGACCACAACAGCAGAAACCACUACAACUGAGACCACAACACCAGGCACUACAACAACUGAAACCACAACCACAACAACUCCAGAAAGUACAACAGCCGAGACCACAACCACAGAAAGCACCACAUCUGUGGGAACCACAACAACAGAAAGUACCACAACCGAGACCACAACAGCAGAAAGCACCACAAAUCCAGAAAGUACCAUAAGCGAGAUCAGAACAACAGAAAGCACCACAGCUGGGACCACAACAGCAGAAAGUACCACAACUGAGACCACAACACCAGGCACUACAACAACUGAAAGUACAACCACAGCCACAACAACUCCAGAAAGUACCACAACUGAGACCACAACAGCAGAAAGCACAACUGAGACCACAACUGUGGGUUCUACAACAACAGAAAGCACCACGGCAACAGAAAGUACCACAAGCGAGAGCACAACAACAGAAAGCACCACAGCUGAGACCACAACAGCAGAAAGUACCACAACUGAGACCACAACACCAGGCACUACAACAACUGAAAGUACAACCACAGCCACAACAACUCCAGAAAGUACCACAACCGAGACCACAACAGCAGAAAGCACGACUGAGACCACAACUGUGGGUUCUACAACAACAGAAAGCACCACAGCAACAGAAAUUACCACAAGUGAGACCACAACAACAGAAAGUACCACAACUGAGACCACAACACCAGGCACUACAACAACUGAAAGUACAACCACAGCCACAACAACUCCAGAAAGUACCACAACCGAGACCACAACAGCAGAAAGCACAACUGAGACCACAACUAUGGGUUCUACAACAACAAAAAGCACCACAGCAACAGAAAGUACUACAAGCGAGACCACAACAGCAGAUACCACUACAACUGAGACCACAACACCAGGCACUACAACAACUGAAAGUACAACCACAGCCACAACAACUCCAGAAAGUACCACAACCGAGACCACAACAGCAGAGACCACAACUGUGGGUUCUACAACAACAGAAAGAACCACAGCAACAGAAAGUACCACAGCUGAGACCACAACACCAGGCACUACAACAACUGAAAGUACAACCACAGCCACAACAACUCCAGAAAGUACCACAACCGAGAUCACAACAGCAGAAAGCACAACUGAGACCACAACUGUGGGUUCUACAACAACAGAAAGCACCACAGCAACAGAAAGUACUACAAGCGAGACCACAACAGCAGAAACCACUACAACUGAGACCACAACAGCAGAAACCACUACAACUGAGACCACAACACCAGGCACUACAACAACUGAAACCACAACCACAACAACUCCAGAAAGUACAACAGCCGAGACCACAACCACAGAAAGCACCACAUCUGUGGGAACCACAACAACAGAAAGUACCACAACCGAGACCACAACAGCAGAAAGCACCACAAAUCCAGAAAGUACCACAAGCGAGAUCACAACAACAGAAAGCACCACAGCUGGGACCACAACAGCAGAAAGUACCACAACUGAGACCACAACACCAGGCACUACAACAACUGAAAGUACAACCACAGCCACAACAACUCCAGAAAGUACCACAACUGAGAUGACAACAGCAGAAAGCACAACUGAGACCACAACUGUGGGUUCUACAACAACAGAAAGCACCACGGCAACAGAAAGUACCACAAGCGAGAGCACAACAACAGAAAGCACCACAGCUGAGACCACAACAGCAGAAAGCACCACAACUGAGACCACAACACCAGGCACUACAACAACUGAAAGUACAACCACAGCCACAACAACUCCAGAAAGUACCACAACCGAGACCACAACAGCAGAAAGCACGACUGAGACCACAACUGUGGGUUCUACAACAACAGAAAGCACCACGGCAACAGAAAGUACCACAAGCGAGAGCACAACAACAGAAAGCACCACAGCUGAGACCACAACAUCAGAAAGUACCACAACUGAGACCACAACACCAGGCACUACAACAACUGAAAGUACAACCACAGCCACAACAACUCCAGAAAGUACCACAACCGAGACCACAACAGCAGAAAGCACGACUGAGACCACAACUGUGGGUUCUACAACAACAGAAAGCACCACAGCAACAGAAAUUACCACAAGUGAGACCACAACAACAGAAAGUACCACAACUGAGACCACAACACCAGGCACUACAACAACUGAAAGUACAACCACAGCCACAACAACUCCAGAAAGUACCACAACCGAGACCACAACAGCAGAAAGCACAACUGAGACCACAACUAUGGGUUCUACAACAACAAAAAGCACCACAGCAACAGAAAGUACUACAAGCGAGACCACAACAGCAGAUACCACUACAACUGAGACCACAACACCAGGCACUACAACAACUGAAAGUACAACCACAGCCACAACGACUCCAGAAAGUACCACAACCGAGACCACAACAGCAGAGACCACAACUGUGGGUUCUACAACAACAGAAAGAACCACAGCAACAGAAAGUACCACAGCUGAGACCACAACACCAGGCACUACAACAACUGAAAGUACAACCACAGCCACAACAACUCCAGAAAGUACCACAACCGAGACCACAACAGCAGAAAGCACAACUGAGACCACAACUGUGGGUUCUACAACAACAGAAAGCACCACAGCAACAGAAAGUACUACAAGCGAGACCACAACAGCAGAAACCACUACAACUGAGACCACAACACCAGGCACUACAACAACUGAAAGUACAACCACAGCCACAACAACUCCAGAAAGUACCACAACCGAGACCACAACAGCAGAGACCACAACUGUGGGUUCUACAACAACAGAAAGAACCACAGCAACAGAAAGUACCACAGCUGAGACCACAACAGCAGAAAGUACCACAACUGAGACCACAACACCAGGCACUACAACAACUGAAAGUACAACCACAGCCACAACAACUCCAGAAAGUACCACAACCGAGACCACAACAGCAGAAAGCACAACUGACACCACAACUGUGGGUUCUACAACAACAGAAAGCACCACAGCAACAGAAAGUACUACAAGCGAGACCACAACAGCAGAAACCACUACAACUGAGACCACAACACCAGGCACUACAACAACUGAAACCACAACCACAACAACUCCAGAAAGUACAACAGCCGAGACCACAACCACAGAAAGCACCACAUCUGUGGGAACCACAACAACAGAAAGUACCACAACCGAGACCACAACAGCAGAAAGCACCACAAAUCCAGAAAGUACCAUAAGCGAGAUCAGAACAACAGAAAGCACCACAGCUGGGACCACAACAGCAGAAAGUACUACAACUGAGACCACAACACCAGGCACUACAACAACUGAAAGUACAACCACAGCCACAACAACUCCAGAAAGUACCACAACUGAGACCACAACAGCAGAAAGCACAACUGAGACCACAACUGUGGGUUCUACAACAACAGAAAGCACCACGGCAACAGAAAGUACCACAAGCGAGAGCACAACAACAGAAAGCACCACAGCUGAGACCACAACAGCAGAAAGUACCACAACUGAGACCACAACACCAGGCACUACAACAACUGAAAGUACAACCACAGCCACAACAACUCCAGAAAGUACCACAACCGAGACCACAACAGCAGAAAGCACGACUGAGACCACAACUGUGGGUUCUACAACAACAGAAAGCACCACAGCAACAGAAAUUACCACAAGUGAGACCACAACAACAGAAAGUACCACAACUGAGACCACAACACCAGGCACUACAACAACUGAAAGUACAACCACAGCCACAACAACUCCAGAAAGUACCACAACCGAGACCACAACAGCAGAAAGCACAACUGAGACCACAACUAUGGGUUCUACAACAACAAAAAGCACCACAGCAACAGAAAGUACUACAAGCGAGACCACAACAGCAGAUACCACUACAACUGAGACCACAACACCAGGCACUACAACAACUGAAAGUACAACCACAGCCACAACAACUCCAGAAAGUACCACAACCGAGACCACAACAGCAGAGACCACAACUGUGGGUUCUACAACAACAGAAAGAACCACAGCAACAGAAAGUACCACAGCUGAGACCACAACACCAGGCACUACAACAACUGAAAGUACAAGCACAGCCACAACAACUCCAGAAAGUACCACAACCGAGACCACAACAGCAGAAAGCACAACUGAGACCACAACUGUGGGUUCUACAACAACAGAAAGCACCACAGCAACAGAAAGUACUACAAGCGAGACCACAACAGCAGAAACCACUACAACUGAGACCACAACACCAGGCACUACAACAACUGAAACCACAACCACAACAACUCCAGAAAGUACAACAGCCGAGACCACAACCACAGAAAGCACCACAUCUGUGGGAACCACAACAACAGAAAGUACCACAACCGAGACCACAACAGCAGAAAGCACCACAAAUCCAGAAAGUACCACAAGCGAGAUCACAACAACAGAAAGCACCACAGCUGGGACCACAACAGCAGAAAGUACCACAACUGAGACCACAACACCAGGCACUACAACAACUGAAAGUACAACCACAGCCACAACAACUCCAGAAAGUACCACAACUGAGAUGACAACAGCAGAAAGCACAACUGAGACCACAACUGUGGGUUCUACAACAACAGAAAGCACCACGGCAACAGAAAGUACCACAAGCGAGAGCACAACAACAGAAAGCACCACAGCUGAGACCACAACAGCAGAAAGUACCACAACUGAGACCACAACACCAGGCACUACAACAACUGAAAGUACAACCACAGCCACAACAACUCCAGAAAGUACCACAACCGAGACCACAACAGCAGAAAGCACGACUGAGACCACAACUGUGGGUUCUACAACAACAGAAAGCACCACGGCAACAGAAAGUACCACAAGCGAGAGCACAACAACAGAAAGCACCACAGCUGAGACCACAACAGCAGAAAGUACCACAACUGAGACCACAACACCAGGCACUACAACAACUGAAAGUACAACCACAGCCACAACAACUCCAGAAAGUACCACAACCGAGACCACAACAGCAGAAAGCACGACUGAGACCACAACUGUGGGUUCUACAACAACAGAAAGCACCACAGCAACAGAAAUUACCACAAGUGAGACCACAACAACAGAAAGUACCACAACUGAGACCACAACACCAGGCACUACAACAACUGAAAGUACAACCACAGCCACAACAACUCCAGAAAGUACCACAACCGAGACCACAACAGCAGAAAGCACAACUGAGACCACAACUAUGGGUUCUACAACAACAAAAAGCACCACAGCAACAGAAAGUACUACAAGCGAGACCACAACAGCAGAUACCACUACAACUGAGACCACAACACCAGGCACUACAACAACUGAAAGUACAACCACAGCCACAACAACUCCAGAAAGUACCACAACCGAGACCACAACAGCAGAGACCACAACUGUGGGUUCUACAACAACAGAAAGAACCACAGCAACAGAAAGUACCACAGCUGAGACCACAACACCAGGCACUACAACAACUGAAAGUACAACCACAGCCACAACAACUCCAGAAAGUACCACAACCGAGACCACAACAGCAGAAAGCACAACUGAGACCACAACUGUGGGUUCUACAACAACAGAAAGCACCACAGCAACAGAAAGUACUACAAGCGAGACCACAACAGCAGAAACCACUACAACUGAGACCACAACAGCAGAAACCACUACAACUGGGACCACAACACCAGGCACUACAACAACUGAAACCACAACCACAACAACUCCAGAAAGUACAACAGCCGAGACCACAACCACAGAAAGCACCACAUCUGUGGGAACCACAACAACAGAAAGUACCACAACCGAGACCACAACAGCAGAAAGCACCACAAAUCCAGAAAGUACCACAAGCGAGAUCACAACAACAGAAAGCACCACAGCUGGGACCACAACAGCAGAAAGUACCACUACUGAGACCACAACACCAGGCACUACAACAACUGAAAGUACAACCACAGCCACAACAACUCCAGAAAGUACCACAACUGAGAUGACAACAACACUAAGCACCACAGCAACAGAAAGUACCACAAGUGAGACCACAACACCAGGCACCACAAAUCCUGAAAGUACAACAACAGAAAGCACCACAUCAACGAAAGUAUGACCACAGGCACAACAAUUCCAGAAAGUACCACAACUGGGACGACAACAACAGAAAGCACCACAACAACCGAAAUUACCACAGCAACAAAAAGUAUGAUCACAGUCACAACUCCAGAAAGUACCACAAGCGAAAUCUCAACAGCAGAAAGCACCACACCUGAGACCACAGGCACAACAAAUCCGGAAAGUACCACAUUUGAGACAACAACAGUGGGCAUCACAACAACCGAAAGUACCACAACUCCAGAAAGUACUACAACUGAGACCACAACAGAAAGCACAACAGAAACAGAAAGUACCACAAGCGAGACCACAACACCGGGCACCACAACAACAGAAAGUACAACAACGGGCACAACAACUCCAGAAAGUACCACAACACCAGACACCACAACAAAAGAAAUCACCACAACAACAGAAAGUAUGACCACAGUCACAACAACUCCAGAAAGUACCACAACUGAGACCACAGCUAUGGGUACCCCAACAACAGAAAGUGCAACAACAGAAAGUACCACAAGUGAGGCCACAGCACCAGGCACCACAACAGAAAGUCUGACAACAGAAAGCACCACAACAACAGGAAAUACCACAACCGAGACCACAACAGUAGAAAGAACGACCGCUGAUACAACAACUCCAGAUAGUACCACAACUGAGACCACACCAACACAUGAAGAUUAACAACAGAAAGCUCCACAAACGACUGAAAGUUAAUAACAGCACUUCCAUAUCCAUGGGUCCAAAGGAAGCUCAGAAAAAGUAAAGAUCCAAGUAAAGUCCAUUGCCCCAGGUUUGCGUUGUUUCUUGAUAAUGUUGCUUAUUUCACUCCUGAGAGCCUACACCAUCUUCUGUUUCCACAAACAAUUACCUCUAGUUUUAAAUGUUUAGAUUUUUUUGUCAUAUUUAUUGUCCAUACUACUCUCAUAUUUGAAAAAAAAAAAAAGAAAAAAAAGAAAUGUAACUUAUAAAUUGUCUAUGUGUAAAGGAACUUUUAUUUGCUGUACCUAUAAUAAUGUCUUUUGUUUAUCGUCUUAGUCUUCUCACCGGUAUGGUGACAUAAUACUGAGUUUGAUUAUUGUUUCAGACUUAUUUAAAAAUUGAUUGUACAAAUUUGCUGUAUUUUUGUAAAAUUACUACUGUUAAUGGGUAAUAAAUUAUUUUCACAGAAAUGUUA